CUCCACAGUGCCACUGGCACAUGAUUCCUCUGUUUACAGCACAGCCAUCCGGUAAAAACAUGGAGGACGCUACCAGUAGUAAUCCCCAAUCUCUUGGAUUUACUGAUAAAUUAAAAUCAUGGCUGUCCUGGUCAUGGACAUACAUAUGUGCUGUUUGGUUUGCCAUGGUUUUAACUAUGAUCUAUGUUCUGCGAAGUCCCUUGAAAUUGCAGGACACUCUUACCUCAGCGUCUGUGUUCUUAAAUACGCUGACCCCUAAAUUUUAUGUGGCACUCACUGGAACCUCCUCGCUCAUCUCUGGCCUAAUUUUGAUAUUUGAGUGGUGGUACUUCCGUAAGUAUGGGACCUCGUUCAUUGAACAGGUGUCUGUUAGCCACCUGCGGCCUCUCCUAGGUGGAGUGGAGAGCAGCACCACCACAGGACUAUUCUCCUCUGUAAAUGGAGAGGCUGAGCCAAGACCUAGUGUCUCAGAGUGUAAAGUUUGGAGGAAUCCUUUAAAUCUAUUCAGAGGGGCUGAAUACAGCAGGUAUACCUGGGUGACUGGAAAAGAGCCCUUAACCUACUACGAUAUGAACCUGUCAGCUCAGGACCACCAGACGUUCUUUACUGGUGACACUCAGCAACUCAAGCUUGAAGACACUGUGAUGCAGAAGGCCUGGAGGGAGAGGAACCCCCAAGCCCGGAUAAGAGCAGCUUACCAGGCCAUAGAAAUGAACCACGAGUGUGCUGCAGCAUAUGUGCUCCUUGCCGAGGAGGAAGCCACCACCAUCACGGAGGCUGAGAGGCUGUUUAAACAGGCCCUGCGAAGUGCUGGAAAAGACAUCAACCUGCUGGUGUAUAUAAAGCGCAGGCUGGCAAUGUGUGCACGCAAGCUGGGCCGCAUCAAGGAGGCAGUGAAAAUGAUGCGAGACUUAAUGAAAGAAUUCCCACUUUUGGGAAUGUUGAAUAUACACGAAAACCUCCUGGAGGCCCUACUGGAGCUUCAGGCCUACGCUGAUGUACAAGCAGUCCUCGCCAAAUAUGACGAUAUCAGCUUGCCAAAGUCAGCCACUAUAUGUUACACAUCUGCACUGCUGAAAGCACGGGCUGUAUCAGAUAAGUUUUCUCCUGAAGCAGCGUCUCGGCGGGGUCUGAGCACUGCAGAGAUGAACGCCGUGGAGGCUAUACACAGAGCUGUGGAGUUCAACCCACAUGUGCCAAAGUAUUUAUUAGAAAUGAAGAGCCUCAUCCUGCCUCCAGAACACAUCCUGAAGAGGGGGGACAGCGAGGCGGUGGCCUACGCCUUCUUUCACCUGCAGCACUGGAAGAGGGCCGAGGGAGCGUUAAACCUGUUACAUUGUACCUGGGAAGGCACUUUUCGGAUAAUUCCCUACCCCCUAGAGAAGGGUCACCUGUUUUACCCCUACCCCGGGUGUACGGAAACGGCAGAUCGGGAACUGCUGCCCUCUUUUCACGAGGUGUCCGUUUACCCGAAGAAAGAGCUCCCCUUCUUCAUCCUCUUCACAGCGGGCCUCUGCUCCUUCACCGCCAUGCUGGCCAUGCUAACGCAUCAGUUCCCCGAGCUCAUGGGCGUCUUUGCCAAAGCAUUCUUCAGCACUCUCUUCGCACCCCUGGGUUUCUUCGCUGACAAGAUGGAGAGCUUCAUGCCUUCCAGCUUUUGGCAUCAGCUGACUCGAAUCUGACCCCAUAACACACACACACACACACCAUAUACACAAACACACUCCUCAGACACCAACACUCCAAAACCGUGGACAGAAAUGUUUACCCUCCUGUCUUCAGCAUUCACACACACUUGUUGUUUUGAUACUGAUUGUUAGCCAAGUCUUGUAUCAACAUCCAGAGGCAACUUAGAUAUGCACCAACUAAAGCAGCCAGGUUUUUAAAGUAAACGUUUACCAGAUAUUCACAGUCAUUCAUUUAUUAUUAUUAUAUAAACUUGAAGUUACGGUAAAGUAACACAGAUCAGUAUUUCAACCCACAGUAUAUUCCAAAGCCUGACCUCUAAAUUGGACCAAUCUCAUAGAUUUAUUGCCCAGACAAUAAAUCAACAAAAGAGUUAUUCUAAAUUACAACACUAUUUUUGAGUGCACUUAUUUCAUCAUUGUGGCAAAUACUACAGUCCACAGUAGUAGUGUGUUUAGAAAGUGUUUGCGUUUAUUAAAAAUAUCCGGCCAAAUGGAUUUCCUAGUUUAGCUAUUGCACCAGGCGAGAGGAUAAAGAGGAUCAACUGUACUAGAUUGCCUGCUUUCAAGAAUCACAUCUGACAUUUCUGUUCACUAGAAUAUAGUAUGUAAUUAAAAGACACAAAAGCGGUUCAGAUUGGUUAAAAUCAAACAUAGCCUUUAUCGUACAUAGUCUUCCUAUGCGUCAGAGUUAAUGAUUGUGAGACCUUUUAAAAACAGAUACUUAAUUUACUGCCUCACUGCCUGUGGUGUAUACAACAUCUUGCCAGUUGUUGCUAUGGCAUGCCAACUCUGCUCUAUAUCACUGUGACAACCUGCAGACAUACCAAUAACAGGUAAAUUGGAUUAUGAUUGGUCAGGGUAUGGGGCCUGGAUGUUGUAAUUCACAGCCAAUCACAUAACCGAAUUGUGUUUCCAGUUUAUGAAUUGGAGGCUGCUUGAAAAGCACGGGUGUUGUGGGGCAAUAGACUGCACAACAAGACCCUUAAAAUAGUUUGAACCCCAGUAUAUUUAACGCUAUACUUCUGAAAAAACAGACAUGAUGGCUGCAUCCUUUUGUAUUUAGGCUUUGUGUGCCUACGCUUGGUUUGUAGUUGGCUGGUCUCUUGAGGGCGUCAAUGGGGACUGUCCACUAGGCAUUUCAAAGAUAAACGGAUAUUUAGCGUCCCAUUCGUUUUCAGUUGAGUCACAAACAGUGGUGAGAGGCACAGGAAAAUAGACACCCCAUAACAGAACGUGUCCAUUCGCAUUUUGGCUUUACGUGUGCCUACAUUUGGUUCGUUUGACCGUUUGUGGGCAAGCCUUUUGCAAAAAAGUUAUCAACGCACAAUGUGUAAAAAAAAGUACAAUAAAAAAAUUUAAAGGGUCACAAAAGCAGGCAAUGGAACUUAAUUUUAUUUCCACAAUUAUUCUUGUUUUAAUUGUAUGGAGAGCAUUUUUUAAAAAAUAUAUACGCAAACGCCUGUGAUUGGUCAGUCCCCAGCGAUAGGCGUGGGUGAUUUGCAUGAAGUUGGGAAAUCUGAACUUUUUCUUCGCUUACGUUUCUGUUCCAAUUUUAACCAUUGUAAUAAUCUGACGUUCCUUCAUACAAAUGUGCUAUUCUCAAAACUAAAUACACACCUUACCUGCUGUUAUGACGCUAGUUCGCGCUAAAGCACACCCACAAAUAUGCUGCAGGCGAAGCACUCUGGCCGAUGAAAUUUCGCGAAUAGUGUGAAUGCACCGUCACGGAUUGCCCCACAUACCAUUCGCUCACAGGGCUUCCUUUUAUUGAAAUUAAUUGAGCGUCGCAAACAGUGUGACUGUACCGUGAGACAAAUUUCGCUUGCCAACAGUUGGCAACAGCCAAUCAGAAAAGGCAUGUCUGGUACCUUUUUCCGCUGAUUCCCCUUAGAAUAUUUCCUACCAUAUAAUCUUUCCUAUAGCAAAAUGGAUGAAAAAUUAAACAAACAUUAGUUUGGAAUGCUACUAAUAAUCGGGAAGGCAUUUUUAUUUGGUAUUAUAUAGAUACGUUGUCAUCAAAUACACAAACAUUAGUUACAUAGCCAGCUCCGACGCCACUAGUAGUUACAGCAGCUGCUAUAUCUCGUAUAGAGUAAUUUCGAUUUUCAUUCACCUAAUUAUCAGGUAUCCUACUUGUGCAGAUUGACAUACUACUCCUACUACCAUGUAGCUGGUCUAGCUAGCUACAGGAGCGGCCUAGCGAUGAGCAAAUCAAGUGAAAGGCUUAAAAGCAGAUGGGCACUCGCCAUAAUACGGUGGGUGUCCUGCUUUUUGGCUUUUCGCUUGAUUUGCUCUUCACCUGCCGCUUUUGGGCGUGUACACCAUUUGUUGUGUUUAUCAAUGCUAGGCGGUCACGUUUACUAGGUCCAGUAACUAGCUAGCUGCUACUGGCCUACAGCUCGGUACAGCUAAGAAGUAGUAGUAGUAGUAGUAGUAGUAGGAUGAUAAUCAUACACUGGUAAGAUACCUGAUAAUUGUGCUAAUGAAAAUCGAAAUUGCUCUAGGGGAGAGAGCAGUUGCUGUACUACUAGUAAGUGUCGUAGGAGCUAGUUACGUUUUUCAUGUUUCUGUAUUUGAUGAUGUAGCUUUAUAAUACCAAAUAAAAGUAUUUCUAAUUAUUAGCAGAAAUAAGUAUUCCAAACCAAUGUAAAGAGAUCCAGCAGAAAAGUGUAUCUGACAUAUUUUCUGAUUGGCUGUUGCCUACCGUCGGCAAGCGGAAUUCAUCUGAUAUUUGCAUAAUAUAGCCCAUGGCUCUAUUUUUCAGUGCCUCCAACGCUUGCUUCGUGCUGCUCGGUCCACACUGCCCUGCGCACAUCGCAUAGCCGCUAGUGGACACCCACCGUAAUUUAGCUAGUCGGCGUUGAGCGACAGCCAUUUAGAAAAGGUGUGUUUCUCCUGUCCACAGUAUCCCUGUGAACAAUUCCUAUCAUACAAUUUUUUCCUACAACCAACAUUGAGUUACAAAAGAAUACUACACUACAUUAGAAUUAACACUACAUUAGCUACUACUACUACACUAGCUACGUUCCCUGAAUAGUAUAGAAACAUUUCUAGCUACAUGAGCUAGUCAAUGCAAACUUCCAUAGAUGAAACAAAACAAACGUGUUUGGAAAGGGGGGGCUGGGUGGCUAAGCCCCAAAUGUAUUUUGAACCUAGCGACGACUCUGCAUGGCGUGAAGAAAUUAAAAGACAUUACCAACAAUAUCAGUUAUACAUUACGUUUUGGUACGCAGUUCCUUCCUCUCAGUCGAAAAUACGUUUCCACUUCUUUAUGAUUCGAUUAUACAUUCAAAUAUUAUGUUGGAGUAUACAGAGUAUACACGAACUCAGUUGACUAAAAACCGCAGCGAGAGCCCACUGAUUACUGGGCUCUCGCUAAAACCAUUGCAUUGGUUUCCUACGUUCAUCCUAACUAGGAUUGGAUACAUCCACACCUACAUGUAGUACAUACACUUGGCUGUAUUUAACACUAUUUUAAAUCCAUACUGUAUUGUAUGGUUUAGUCCAGAGUAACAACAUGAAAUGCUGAAGACAGAAGUCCCAAUAUUUGACCUAACUUGAUGAGUUGGAUAGCGUACAAUACAUUGGUUCUUGAAUGUAAUUAUAAUGCGUUUGUGUUUGCAUUUUUGUUGUACAUUGUGAACAAAUAAAAAAAAUCAAG